GGCAUAGUCAAAUAGAACUCAUCAAUUUGUUGAUUGUUCGCAAUCGAUCUCGCCCAAAUGGGAAUAAAAACCGGAUUUGUCUCAGUUUUCACCAUUCGUCUCGCCGAACUCUAUCAGACAACAUCGCAUUUCGCUCCACACCCCACAGUCUUCCCAAGUUCAAUCCAAGCUAAUAAUGAACAUUCAGUUUGUUCUCGCUGCUGUUCUCCUGGUUGGCGCAUUUGUCGCAGCCGAGGUCCAAGCCACAGGAACGUGUACAAUGGAGCGAUGUGUAACAGGAUGCGAAUGUCCACCCGUGAAUGAUGGCGACAUUUCUAAAGCCAGUAAUUUUACCGUCACAUGUAAAGAGGGCGAUUGUAAGACCCAUGUCGAGGUUGGCUACGUCGAGGAAUGGACGUUGUACAAGACUUACGAUAACUGGGGCCAAGAGUGCCGAUGCAGGAGCGACGGGUCGGUCAGCUGCAAAUAAACAUCGGUCAAGUUGCCAGCGGCCUGACAUGUGUGUUAAUGUAUCUAUUGGCGGAAAAAUCGGAUUGUAAUCAUAACAACCAAAUUAUAAUGUAGAGGCCCGAUUGCGAAAUAAAUAUGUUAGCUUGAGAAGUAGAGUAA